AUGGAUUUGAAGUCCUCUCAUGUUUCUCCUGUUCUCACUGACCCUGUUCCCGUCAACAAGUCAAGGCUUCGAAUGCAUUCUAGUCUGCUAGCUUAUUCCCAGCAAGAUUCACCAGUCACUCCUGGGAAGUACUCAAGGAGCGGUUCAAGGAAAAGUACAGGUAGUGUCGAUGAUGUGAGGUCCAAUGGUUUGUUGGAUGCCAUGAAGGCUUCUUCCCCUCCAAGGAAGAAGCUACUUAAAGGGUCCAGUGCUCAGGUUGCUUCAAUUGACUUUGACAUUGAAGACUAUUAUACAUGGAUGCUUGAAUAUCCUUCAGCACUAGACUCUUUUGAGAAAAUCAUUGACCUUGCACAGAAUAAACAGAUUGCCAUGUUUCUAGACUAUGACGGCACACUUUCCCCGAUAGUAGAUGAUCCGGAUUGUGCAUUUAUGUCCGAAUCUAUGCGUACAACUGUGAGAAGUGUGGCAUCAUAUUUCCCCACAGCAAUCAUCAGUGGAAGAAGCCGUGACAAGGUUUUUGAUUUUGUUAAACUAACAGAACUUUACUACGCUGGUAGUCACGGGAUGGACAUUAUUGGCCCUGUUAGUGAGACUUUGUCCAAAAAUCACCCAAAUUGUAUUAAAUCUACUGACCAUGAGGGAAAGGAACUAACUCUCUUCCAACCUGCGAGAGAAUUCCUGCCUAUGGUUGAUGAGGUUUUUAGAACCCUCGUCGAGAUUACUAAAGAUAUACAAGGCGCAAAAGUUGAAAACCACAAAUUUUGCGUUUCUGUACAUUAUCGUAAUGUAGAGGAGAAUAGUUGGACAACAAUUGGGCAACGUGUCCAUGAUGUCUUGCAAAAUUACCCUCGUUUACGUUCAACUUAUGGACGGAAGGUUUUAGAAGUCCGUCCUGUGGUUGAUUGGAAUAAAGGAAAAGCUGUUGAGUUUUUACUUGAAUCCCUAGGAUUAAAUGAUAGUGAUAAUGUGCUUCCCAUUUACAUUGGAGAUGAUAAAACUGAUGAAGAUGCAUUCAAGGUUCUGCGAGACAGCAAUAGAGGUUAUGGGAUUUUGGUUUCGUCGGUGAGGAAAGAAAGCAAUGCAUUUUACUCUCUCCGAGACCCCAGCGAGAACUAUAAGACUAUUUCUAUGUUACGUGCAGGUCAUGAAAUUUCUCCAACUCUUAGUGAACUGGAAGAGACAAGAAAGAAGGAAUGGAAAGAAGUAAACGCCAAAGAUUAUAAUAUGAAUAGCAUUUUAUUUUAUACACCAACUACAUAG